AUGAGUGACUGGUUUGUGGAUGAUGAGGGGUCGUGGUUUAGUACUGGGCAAGUAUGGACAGCUGAGUCUGGAUCGUCGAGUUCAGAACCGUCGAGCAAUUCGGAGCACUGGAUCGUAGUGACGGACUUGGAACAGCAGACACUAACAGAUCAUGAUAGCAGUAGUGAUUGGGACGAGGACGUAUACCUCAUGCCGAGAGACAACGUGCAGCCCAGCACAACGGUGAAUGAGUAUAGCGAACAUAUGACAUGGCCAGUACAUUACCCUGAGGAGGAGAGAAUGGUGCCACCUACUCAGAUCAUAGAGAUCAGUUCAGGCGAGACUACACCAAACUCUUGGGAUAGAGAUAGUCCACCAAGUGUUCUACCGCAUAUACCAAUGCCGCAUGUAUUUGCACCGGGAGGUGGAGUAUACCCGUACAUGCCAACGGAGGAUAAUCCAACGGACUACAUGUACCCGUUCAUUACCACUGGCGUAGAAAGCAAUGACCAGCCGUUGCAGUUCAAGUCAAUAGUGAAGUCUUCAGAAACCAACCUGAAGAACCGGAUACGCCGGAACCAACAUGGGAGGAUUAUCUUGGACACCAGAACGUAUCACCCACGUACUGGACAAGGAAACUCAACGAGAUCGCUGGAUAUACAUCAUCUAUGGAGCAUGGAGAAGGAAGCAUACCUCAAGAUCAAGGAGAAGCUAAUGCGAUAUGGUGUACAAUAUCUUAACCAAACCACGGAGGAAGGUACCGGAGAUAAGGAAUGGCCACAAGAUGAUGAAGGUCUUAACUUAGCAAGAAGGUGGGACGAGAUAAUCGCCACAGAAUUGGAGAAUCUCAGAACAGAGGGUAAUGGUUUAGAGGGAAUGGUGUCAUGCCAAAGGGGAAGGCCUCCCAGAAGACUCGCGAGGAUGAGAGUCCCAGCACCGUCUCAAGUCACGCUGCCAUGCGAUCAAUGUGGAGGGACAGGACAUCAUAGCCGAGCAUGUCCUAAUGUGCGAGUUAGAUCAAGGAUGAACGAAAGGCAAAACAUUUGCCUUACUUGUGGAGAGAAAGGCCAUUUCUCAGCAGACUGUCCAAGGAACUGCCCCAAUACUAGUCAACCCAUCCGCUCAACCACAAGGAGAGAGAGGCGACCAGGGAGUGGAAGCCGUAGAAUGUAA